AUGUGUCGGAGGAACUCUCGAACAACAGUUGAACCCCCUGGCAGAUCGAAGAUGCAUGCCCACGGCAGCGCCAGCGUCACCAGCUCAAGCACGGGAAUGAUGGUCCAGACUAUGUUGGUUGAUGGAGCUUGUGCGGUCGUUGCCAGCCUAUCAGUUGCAGCACGAGCACGCGACACUUGCUCUCUCUCCUAG